AUGGCGGGGCUGGAGCUGGUGUCGGACGCGGGGUUCCGGGCGGACGGGCGGCGGCCGGACGAGCUGCGCAAGGUGCGGGCUCGGCUCGGGGUGCUGGCCCGGGCCGACGGCUCGGCCUACCUGGAGCAGGGCAACACCAAAGUGCUGGCGGCCGUGUACGGCCCGCACGAGGUCCGGGGGUCCCGGGCCAAGGCCCCCCCGGACCGGGCGCUGCUCAGCGUCCGCUGCAGCUCGGCCCCGUUCGCGGGGGGCGGCGAGCGGCGCCGGCGGCCGGCGCAGGGCGGGACGGACCGGAGAUCGGGGGAGCGAGCGCUGCUGCUGCGGGGCGUGCUGGAGGGAGCCGUGCUCAGCCAGCUCUAUCCCCGCUCGCAGAUCGACGUGCACGUACAGGUUCUCCAGGCGGACGGCGGUGAGCUGGGUGCCAGUGUCAGCGCAGCAGGACUGGCGCUCCUGGACGCGGGCGUGGCGCUGCGCGGGGCCGUGGUGGCCGGGUCGGCCGGGCUGGCCGAGCCCCCGGCCGGGCCCCCGGUGGCCCUGAGCGACCUGAGCGCGGCCGAGGAGGCGGCCGGGGGCCCGCGGCUGGCCGUGGCCACGGUGGCGGGCAGCGGGCAGCUGGCCCUGUGCCAGCUCAGCGCCCGCCUGCACCAGGAGCGGCUGCGGCCCGUGCUGGACGCCGCCCAGGCCGCCUGCCGGGGGCUGCACGCCGUGCUGGACGGCGUGGUGAGGGCCAGGCUGCGCCAGGACACCGCCAUGGAGCGCUGA